UGGAACCAGAGUUCAAGUAUGUUGGGAACAUGCAUGGGAACGAGGUGCUGGGCCGUGAGCUGCUGCUGCAGCUCUCUGAGUUCCUGUGCGAGGAGUACCGCCGGGGCAACGAGCGGAUCACCCGCCUCAUCCACGACACACGCAUCCACAUCAUGCCCUCCAUGAACCCCGAUGGGUACGAAGUGGCUGCCAAGCAGGGCCCAGACAGCAACGGGUACUUGACGGGGAGGAACAACGCCAAUGGAGUGGACUUGAACCGCAACUUCCCUGACCUCAACACAUUCAUGUACUACAGUGGGGAAAUCAGUGGGCCAAAUCACCACAUCCCACUGCCUGACAACUGGAAAAGCCAGGUGGAACCGGAGACAUUGGCUGUGAUCCAGUGGAUCAGCAGCUACAACUUUGUGCUCUCGGCCAAUCUGCACGGUGGAGCGGUGGUGGCAAAUUACCCCUAUGACAAGUCUCAGGACCAGCGGUUCCGGAGCCACCGGCGCACAGUCAACACACCUACCCCUGAUGACAAGUUGUUUCAGAAGCUGGCCAAGACCUACUCGUAUGCCCACAGCUGGAUGCACCGUGGCUGGAACUGUGGGGACUACUUUGCUGAUGGCAUCACAAAUGGGGCAUCCUGGUACUCACUCAGCAAAGGCAUGCAGGACUUCAAUUACCUCUACACCAACUGCUUUGAAAUCACCUUGGAGCUGAGUUGCAAUAAGUUCCCCCCUGAGGAGGACCUGGAGCGGCAAUGGAUGGCCAACCGAGAGGCCCUUGUUGCUUUCAUUGAAGAGGUUCAUCAGGGCAUCAAAGGGAUGGUGUCAGACAAGAACAACAACGGUAUUGCAGGAGCAGUGAUUUCUGUCCAGGGAAUCAGCCAUGACAUCACCUCUGGUGAUACAGGGGACUAUUUCCGGCUGCUGCUGCCUGGCACUUACACUGUCACAGCCUCUGCAGAGGGGUACCAGCCCCAGACGGUGACAACGACAGUGGGCCCAGCUGCACCUUCAUUGGUGCAUUUCCAGCUCAAACAAGAUGUGGUGAGGAAGCCCACAGAGCGUAAAUCCUCAGGCUCACGAACGAACAGCAAAGCCCUUCAGAAGAAGGUAGUGCCAAGAGCCACCCACCGGGGGACCCAAAGAUGAGGACAGCUCUCUUGGCUGUGAGCUGGGGGAAGCCAUUUACACAGGGCCUGGCUGAUGACUUCAGCCAGUGAACUUUCCAACCGUCCACCAUGAAACUAGCCCAAAUUAUUAGGUUAUUAAACGAGGAAGUAUUUAAUCCCC